AUGAGGCAUCGCAAUGAGAAGGAGAAAGCCCAACGCAGGAAGAUAUUCUACUUCCAAUGCGGCUGUUCGAAAUUCCAUACGAACGGAUUUAUCGAACCACAUCCACUGGAGAGAGAAGAUGCUGUCAGGGGUUUUCUACGACACUUUGAGGAACCCAAUGUGGUUCAGAGCCGUAGACAUGUCCAUGCUAGGGAAUCAGGGGGUAUACAAGAUAGAAUGCCUAUUCAACUACAACCUCCGGAAAGCACUGGGAGUCCGAACGUUCACCGCGACAAUAGUAAAGAAGAAGCACUAGCACUGGAUUUGCCAUCAUUCAUAAGUGCAGUGGUUGAUCAACUAGCAGAGAACUUGAAAAGAAUACAAGAUAUAGGAGUGAGAAAAGUGGCAGUGACAGCAAUGCAGCCACUGGGAUGCCUCCCUAGAAGCACAGUGUUGAAUUCAUUCCAAGAAUGCAAUGCCACUGAGAACACUGCUGUCACUUUUCACAACCUCUUGCUUCAGCAAGCUGUGUCCAAGCUCAACAAUAACUCCAAGGAUUCUUCUGCCUUUGUCAUCCUUGACCUUUAUGGCUCCUUCAUUUCUGUACUCAAGACCAAAGGAAAUUUUCUAGGAAGUGUGAAAUUUGAGACUCCAUUGAAGCCAUGUUGUAUGGGUACAAGCAGUGGGCAUUACUGUGGUAGCCUAGAUGAGAAAGGAGCCAAGAUGUAUGCCGUAUGUAACAACCCUGAAGCUGCAUUCUUUUGGGACAUGGUGCAUCCAACACAAGCUGGAUGGCGUGCUGUGUAUUUAGCUUUGAAAUCCACUCUCCAAAAAAUUAACUAGAGAAAUCCACUCCUGAAGAGGAAUGACCAGCAGGGGCCAUCGAGGUCGUGGUUGUGGCAGGGGUCACAGCCCUCGCUAUGAUCCAACAGAAAUUAAAAUGUCCGAUUUUAUAAAUUGUUUUUGGAUCUACUGUUGGGAUUGUCCAUUU